AUGUUGCCGUUACUUCGCUCCAGACGCCUUGCACACCGGUGUUUUCCACAAUGCAAACUACUUCCGACCUCUUAUUUCUCCUCCACCGCCGAUACCCGCCGUGCCUCAAACCCCAGUCGAACAUCACCGCCUCCGAUCCAAGUCCUACUCACUGAAUCAGCUGGUCGUGGUGUGUUCGCUACUCGGAAUAUAGAACAUGGAGAACUCAUCCACACUGCCAAACCCCUCGUCUCUCACCCUUCUCUCUCCUCAAUUGACAAAGUAUGUUACUUUUGCCUCAAGAAUACUCCAAGGAGUUCGGGCAUUGAGGCACAAAAAGAGUUGUUUUGCAGUGAAGAAUGCAGGGAACAAGCAAAGGGAUUCUAUGAAGUUGAAAAGAAAGCUGAUUGGUCAGCAUUUGUUGCUUAUUGUCGAACCCGAGCUUUAAAAUAUCCACUUCUUGCCAAACGGCUGGCCUGCAUGGUAAUUUCCGGUAUGGCUUCUGCUGACAGUAUGGACGUACUUCAGCCUGCGCUUUUAUCUGCUGAAAUGAUCUCACUGAUGGAAGAGGAGCUUGAUUUGUUGAGAGCUGCCUUAAAGGAUGCAGCCAUGACAGACGAACAGCUGACAUUUUUAACCAUCGGAUGGUAUGCUGGAGUACUUGCACGGAUUCGUAUCAAUGCCUUCCGUAUUGAACUGGCUGGAGGUUCUUAUGAAGAUCUACUUGCAUUAGCAGCUGCAUCAGUAGAAUCAGAAGCUGCUGUUGGCAAUGCUGUCUAUAUGCUUCCAUCCUUCUAUAAUCAUGACUGUGAUCCCAAUACACACAUAGUUUGGGUGGAAAAUGUGGAUGCAACAUUAAAAGCACUAAGAGACAUUAAAGCAGGUGAAGAGCUGCGGAUAUGUUACAUUGAUGCAAGCAUGGGUCGUGAUGCUCGACAAAAUCUUUUGUCCAAUGGAUUCGGUUUUGAGUGUCGGUGCUCUCGUUGCAUGUCAAACGAUUGAUAAGGUCCAACGCUGGACAAAUUCGGUUUUUUUUUUCAUUGGAUGGAAAAUUAGCAUCAAACUUUUUAGUGAAAUAUGUAUUUGUUUCGAAUUUAUUAGAAAGUAAUAAGUUGGACCUC